GCGGUGGCGGCGUGGGUGCCCGCAGGGCCGACACUGAUAGUUGCACGUGUGUCAGUGUCGGGGACGGGUCGUGUUGGGCGACGCACCGACGCCUUCAACACUUACUUUGGACCGCCUUACUACACUCGCUGAUUUUCUGAACUUGCAGUGAAGUGAACAUGAUGUGAGGCGGCCACAACGGCACGUUAGCCGGAGUUACAGACUAAAGGCUCGCAAGACUAACUGGUUCAGACACAGUGGACGAGUGUCUAAUCAAGAAGAAAACAUUUUAUCAGUGAAGAAAGUUUUAGAAAAAGUGGAAUCAUGUCGCAACGCAUGCAGGAGAGUCCCUUCCGCGAAACGGAAUGGGAUCAGCGUCUUGACCGGAUGCUCGAUGACCUAAAGACGACCGUAGGAAGCGACGGCGAGAUGUCGGGGACGGAAGGGCGCUCAGACUCCACCCUCGUCUCCUCCUUCAGCCAACACAGAGCCCCUUCGCCCGACGAGAGGCUCGACGCGACCUUCCUCGACAUCUUCAGGAGCAGCUCCCGCAGCGAGCCCCGCAGCAGUUCGCGAGGGGGGUCCCGCACCGGCAGCGCCCUCGGCAUGGUGGAGGACGGUGGCCACAUGAAGCACUCACGCAGAGAGUACCUGUCGCCUGACGAGAAGACCCACGUCGUCACCGAGAAGUACGAAUACGACACAGGUGAUACAAGUAAGACUAGUCACUAUCAGAAGAAAGUGAUGAAGUCGACCUACUCGAACUACAACUCGAUGAGCGCAGGCAGCCUGGACGACCCACCGACCCACGCCCUUGAGUCCCCGCCACAGACCUCGCGUCCUGCCGGCACUAAAGUUAUCAGUGCUUCCCAGAAAGUAGCAAACAAAUUGGUUGAUGCGCUGGCCAGUAUAGGUGGGGAGGAAGGCUAUGUCCCGGCUCCGGACUCCAGUGACACCGACACACUCAAAACUGAUACCCUGAAAACUACAAAGACCGUUAGCUCAGAUUACUCAACAUUGGGGCGACUUCGCAAAAACAUCAGGGAAUUAGACACACUUAUUGACUCCCUCGAAGACUCAGAGCAAGGCGGAGAGCCCACAACAAAUGCCAGCGCCGAAGCUCAGUCCGAGACGGUUGUCGUUGUAGCCAAGCAGGAGUCCAAAGUCUCGACACAGAUCACAGCCCCGGCGCCCGAGGUCGCGGCCGAACCCGCCCUGGCUCUCACGCUGGCGACGGCGCAGGCUCAGUCCCAAGCGAGUCCGUCCUCGCGGGCCCCUCAAGAGUCACACAUACAGACAGUCGUUGAGACUCGCAGCAGCACAACCUCCCAGCAGCAGGUGGCGAAGGAGAGUACAACGCCGUCCUCUGGCUUGACCAACGGCACCGCGCCCGCCAGCCAACCUACAAGAUACGACGGUGACGAUGAGAUGAUCGACGACAAGAGCGGAGAAGUGCGACGCAUCGUCUGGCGCAACAGGUUCGAGAAGACCUACGAGACACAGGACUCUAGGCCGACGGCCACGGUAAGCAUCGAGGACGAGGCCCGCCGCCGUCAGCUGAUUCAGCGUCAGCAGCAGCACACUUCGACGUCAGCCUCCACCUCCACGCUCUCCUCUCCCCCCGGACCCAGCUCUCCUCCGCAACGCGGGCCGUCCUCGCCCCGACUGCCGCAGUUGCAGUGUGCCGUGUACUGGCCAGGCUUGGGCGUCGGCCCCAACGUAUCUCCCGGAAGCCAGUCGUGGAAGGACCCGAUCCCAAUGCCGACGCCGCCGCAGCUCUCCCCGCGAGAGCCAGGCGUCGCCUACAUCUACACCUACGGGAACACCGGAGGGUCAGGCGUGCAGCACAUGCCGCCGCUGAAUUACGUCACGGUUCCCGGUCCCUCGUCGGUGCCUCCGAGUGAAGGCGCGCCGUCGCCCACUCCGUCGCAGCUGCAGGGCCCGCAGCCCAUCAUCUACCACUACUCUUAUCACUACACAAUCCAGCCCGGCCAGCCACUUCCCGACGGGGCUCCUCCCCCUCCAGGAGGACUUCCUUCAGGGUCCCCACCAGCUCUCCAGAUGGCUCCCUCCUCCCAGCCGCCGUCCUCGUCCACCGAGACCAUUCGCACAGUUCAUCAAACCAUUUCAGGUCAGCCCGGCCAGCCCGGCCAGCCCGGCCAGCCUGGCCAGCCUGGCCAGCCUGGUCAGCCGGGUCAUCUCGUCCAGCCAGGCCAACCCGGUCAACCAGCUCAACCUGGUCAGCCAGGUUAUCCUGGACAGCCGUCCUCAUCUGUUACCAACUACAAUAUCCAAUCCUACUCUUCCAGCAGCCGCUCAAAGACAUCCUCGGUCACGCACACAGACACAUCCACAGUAUACCCUGGUGGACCUGGGGGGCCCGGUGGUCCUCAUGGCCCAGGGGGUCCUCAUGGUCCAGGCGGCCCUUAUGGCCCAGGUGGCCCUCAUGGCCCUGGAGCGCCUGGUGGUCCUGACGGCCCAAGGGGUCCUACUGGCCCUGGGUAUGAUGGACCUGCGCAUCCUUCCAAACCUUAUGGUCCCGGUGAACCCGAUGGCCCCGGCAGAACCACCGAGCCUGGCCAGCCCGGAAAUAUCUCCAUCACCAUCAAUAAAACGACAACAACGCGCACCACGCACGCCUUCCCGGGCGGUCCUGACCACCCCGGAGGCGCUGGCGACGUCCCCCCUGUUACCUCAACCCCUUACCCGAGCCGCGGCAGGUCGGUGUCCCCCGAGCCACAUGGCCCGAGGAGCAACUCGCCGCACCACGUGACGUACGUGACGCAUGUCACAAGAAACACACACUCCGACUCCCUGGACCGCGUCAGAAGGCCAAAGAACGAGACUCUUCCAUUCCCCAACACCUCGCCCAUACGACCUGCUGGAGACAACAAGAUCCCUCGCCGAGUGGAUGAUCUCAUGACCUCAUUCUCCGAUUCCGAGGAUGGUCCAGGCCACCCGAGGCACUCUCCACACCGCGGAGACCCAGCUGACCAGCAACCUCUGCUGCCACAAAACAGUCAGAUUGUGGUGAAGGCUGAUGCAGACGCCAAGGCCGUCGCCGAAGCAAACGCAGAUCCGAAGAAAGAACCAACGAAAAACAAAGCUGGACCUCCCGUCUAUUAUCCUCCGGGCCAUGAGCUCUUCCACGAAACUAUGCACACUAUGACGCUGAGGGAGGGCGGUGGUCGCCGAGGGAAGGCGAAGUGGAGAAUGGAGCGAUCUGCAGGAUACAAGGAGAGUUCUUCCCAUUCUGAAUCCAAAGGAGGCAUGACAAUGGUGCCCGUCUGUUUGCCACUAUGCUGUGGGGCCGCUUGCGUUGUAAUGUAAACAUCUGCUACUGCCUUCGUUCAGUAAUUAAGAACGGAGAAAAGUAGGAAAAAUACAGAGAAAAAUAUACUUCCGUCGGGCAUGCUAUCACGAUUUAGUAAGGAUGAAAAACAUAAAUAUGUAUAUUUCAAACCGGAAAAUAUGCGCGAUGUUUACAGACGAUGGACGUUUCAUUGUAAGCUGCCCGGACGAGAGGUAUGAAGACCUCAGUCCUGCCAAUUUUAAUGCAUAUCUAACUAUAUAAGCUCAUGAAGACUACUGCUUACCCUCUGUUUGUGCUUAAUUUGUGACUGAUUUCGAGAAAUAUAUGUAAAUCAUUUUCAUGACUGCAUGAAAGAAACGAGUUUCUGUGUAAAAUGAAUUACGUGUCUAGUAAUUCGAUUUUAGCAUUAAGUGGUGCUACAUAUGAUAUUUAUGAACGUAAUCAUGCAUUGAUUAAAAUUUGCAUCUUCUUACGAAAAAAACAACAAAAAUCGCAUAAACCAUUUUAACUGUAGCAUAGUUUUGAUGUGGAAUUUCUUGUAUACUGACUGUAUAAAAUGUCAUUUCUUUAUUCUGCAGUUAUACUGUGUAUAUUUCAUGACUAGAUUUAAAUGAUUUUUUUUCUUAAUAUGUGUAUUUUUGAGACAAAGUAACACUAAUCAGUGAAUACUGAUUAUUUCGUAAUUCCUACCAUUCACUCAUAUUUUUACUUUGCAAAUUGUAGCGUGAGUGGCUGCCAAGUGUUUGAAGUAUUUUGAUAUAAAACCAUCAAGAUAUGUGUUCAUACAUUUUAAAGAUAUCUGUAUCUGCUUUACAGCUGGGAUGAUAUCUGAGGUUUUGUGUAUUUGGUUUUAAUCAGAUAAAUUCCACGUUUACACAAAAUUUCAUUGUCUUCUUGAUCUCCUAACAACAUUUACCCUUACGCUAUAAGGAUGAUAAAAAAAUGAAAACAUGGAUACCACAGGUCGUCUUUCACAUGAAACUGUAUAUGAAUUAACACGAAGGAAAUAUUCCGUAUCUGAUUACACCCGAAAAACACACAAACCUUCCAUACCCUACGUAACGAUGGUUGUUGUGGUGCUCGUCAAGAAAGGUCUGCCUCCUUAAUCAUGUGACUCUUGGUUUGAUAUCAUGUUCAUCCAGUUCUCAGGUUACUUUAUUAGGUUAUGUGUGUAAAUGAAACCCAAAGCUCAAAGAGAAAAAACAACUUUAGAACUGUGAAGUGCGCGUCACAUGAAUUGAAUAGGUUGACCAUAGCUUAAGGCCUCCUAACCUACAGUGUGCCUUACAGGUAAUCUCCUGUAUUUGCUAUAUAUUUUUGCAAUGUUAUGCAUAUUUUUUUCUUUGGAGAGUCCAAUGUCAUGUCAUGUAUAUGCCGUGUUUUGCAUAUGUACAGAUGUAAUUCUUUUGGCACAGGUGUCGAAAGUUUGCCAUAAUCAUUAAGUUUAAGUAGGUUUUGCAUCACCAAGAGGAACAUUGUGCUAUUAAAAUCCCACACGUGGCAAGGAGGAAAGUCACUGCAGUGUGUGAAGUUGAACACUGAAGACAGUUCACGUCAAAGGUUACCCGGUGUUGAGGCUCAUCGUGGACGGCGAUCGUAUUUUACAGACAUUAGUACCCUAGAGUGCCUAUAAUAUGAUUAUAUAUGUGCAACAUUUCAAUGGCUUUUUUUGAUCAUAUGUGACAGUUGAAACUAACGAAAAUAUAGAUUUCAUGCAAUA